AUGACCAGCAGCACGACAACAGCCACCACCGCAACUACUGACCGCCACGUUCUCACACAACAGCCGAGCGCUCGAACAUCAGACACCCCGACAAAACAGCAGGGCCUGACCGCCAUCAUGGCCCCGGCUGAAACAACGGCAAUACCAGAACCUCCAUCUUGGUCAGCAUCCUCGGAGUUCGACGAUUCACGUCACUCAGCUGAUCGUGCAGAUAUCAACACUCGCGAGACUGCAGAUGCAGCAGGCGGAUGGGCAGCAGCAACCAAUGACAAGAACCAAUGGCUGAUGAGGGACCUUAGCGACGUGAGCGACAUCACCGGCGUCAUCACCAAAGGCAGGAACUACAGCCCUGAUUGGCCACGGGGCAUACAUGAUCAAUACGUCACAUCCUACAUCAUUUCAUACGGCAAUGAAACCAGUGUUGAGACGUUCUACACCGAUGCUGAUGGGAAAGUUACUGUUUUUCCGGCGAAUGGCGACAGAGACACGGCUGUCUACAACGACUUCAGUGGCCGCAUAACUGCGCGCUUCAUCAAAAUCCAUCCGCAAACAUGGCAUGGGCAUAUCUCCAUGCGGGCGAAGAUUGUGACAGUGAUGCCUCGGACACAUUUGUUGGGCCCUGCGGCAGAUUUCACCGGGACAAACCCUCCCACGUGGCCCCGGAAAACCAAAGUCAUGACCGGCAGCACGACAACAGCCACCACCGCAACUACUGACCGCCACGUUCUCACACAACAGCCGAGCGCUCGAACAUCAGACACCCCGACAAAACAGCAGGGCCUGACCGCCAUCAUGGCCCCGGCUGAAACAACGGCAAUACCAGAACCUCCAUCUUGGUCAGCAUCCUCGGAGUUCGAUUCACGUCACUCAGCUGAUCGUGCAGAUAUCAACACUCGCGAGACUGCAGAUGCACAAGGGGGAUGGUCAGCAGCAACCAAUAACAAGGACCAAUGGCUGAUGAGGGACCUUGGUGACGUUACCGACAUCACCGGCGUCAUCACCAAAGGCAGGAACUCCGGCAAAUAUGACCAAUACGUCACAUCCUACAUCAUUUCGUACGGCAAUGAAAACGGUGAUGAGACGUUCUAUACCGAUGCUGAUGGGAAAGUUACUGUUUUUCCGGCGAAUGACGACAGAGACACGGCGGUCAACAACGACUUCAGAGACUUUAGUGGCCGAAUAACUGCGCGCUUCGUCAAAAUCCAUCCGCAAACAUGGCAUGUGCACAUCUCCAUGCGGGCAAAGAUUGUGACAGGGGGUGAUAUUGUAACGGCCGAUCGGAUGGUCAUCUACAUCGACACGCCCGGAAACAACGUGCUGUGCUCCUGCCCUGCUGGACAAUCUCUUAGUGAAGAUGGCACCCGGUGUGAAGAUGCUGACACAGAAACUGCCUUUGCCUGUGAGUGGAGCACCCUACAGCUGUCUUGCUCGGACGGAGAGAAGCUUUUGAUCGUGGACGCCAACUACGGCCGCACGUCCGCCACACAUCCCUGCUCUAACUUUCCCACCAAAUGCCGCACACACAAUUACAAGAGCCUGGCUGUCGUGAGGGCCGCCUGUCAGGGCAAUCAGCAGUGCAGGGUGACAGCGAGCAAUUACGUUUUCGGUGACCCCUGUAAGGGUGUGGGGAAGUACUUGGAGGUAUCAUACAGCUGUAUCAGAGACUAA